AUGGGCUAUUGUCCCUGUUCCAAAGGCUGGAUAAAGAAACCGUUAGUUUCAAGAGAGGACCAGAAGCAGCAGGAGGAUCAGAGGAGGAACAGAGAAGGAGCAGGAGGAACAGAGAGGACCAGGAGGAGCAGGAGGAUCAGAGAGGACCAGAAGCAGCAGGAGGAUCAGAGGAGGAUCAGAGAGGAGCAGGAGGAUCAGAGGAGGAUCAGAGAGGAGCAGGAGGAACAGAGAGGACCAGGAGGAGCAGGAGGAUCAGAGAGGACCAGAAGCAGCAGGAGGAUCAGAGGAGGAUCAGAGAGGAGCAGGAGGAACAGAGAGGACCAGAAGCAGCAGGAGGAUCAGAGGAGGAUCAGAGAGGAUCAGGAGAGAGGAGCAGGAGGAACAGAGAGGACCAGGGGGAGCAGGAGGAUCAGAGAGGACCAGGAGAAACAGAGAGGACCAGGAGGAGCAGGAGGACCAGAGAGGACCAGGAGAAACAGAGAGGACCAGGAGGAGCAGGAGGACCAGCACCAUAAAUGGAUAGAUAAAGGGAUGGAGAUGACACAUGACAAGACCAGUCCGGACUUCCCCCUGGACUCCAAGAACCUUCGUUGCAGAGGUCCGAGCCCAGAUCGCUGCAAGUGUAAAAAUGUGCGAAUGGGACAGAAAACCUAUCUGAAGAACAACUACAACUACGUGAUCCGCGCUCGUGUGCGGGAGGUGAGGAACCGCGGCCUGGAGCCCACUGCGCUGGUCGAGGUGCGGGAGGUGCUCAAGUCCUCACUGGUCAACAUCCCCCGAGACCUCCAGACCCUGUACUACUCCUCCUCCUGCCUGUGCCCACCGCUCACACUGGGGGAAGAGUACCUCAUCAUGGGCUAUGAAAGCGAGGAGAGGUCCAGGCUGCUGCUCAUAGACGGCUCCAUUGCUCAGAAGUGGAAAGAUAAAAUGGCAAAAAAGAUCAAAAGAUGGAAUAUCCUUCAGGAAGGAGGAGCAGCAGCCCGCUCAGGCCACGCCCACUGA